UGGAGUUAGUGGUAACCUAUUAACAUUGCUUAGUAUUCAUUCUCAUAAUGAAAAAAUAAUUCUAACCCAAUGUUGAAAAAACACCGUAAAUGGUUACUACAAGAUUAUACUUACGUUUUAAAAUCCUCAAAGAGUUGUAGGUAAAUCAUGCAACUAUACAUUUAUAUCAAAGUUCCGGAAAUUUCGAAAUUAAAAGUGAUAAGAGGAUAUUUAUUAAUGUUUACUAUAAUAUACCAAGUCCCUGGGCUCUUGCAAAAUAAAGUACCGAUUUGGAGCUGGCACUGCGUCCAUGAGAAAUGUGUCCCAGUAAAGGCAACAAUGAAGGAGAAAAUGCAAUCACUAACGACAUGUAACCUGCUUUGUGGCUCCGUGUAUCUGUGGCCCCAACCCACUGGUCAUGUCAGCUUAUCCACAUCAGCUGUUCCAGUCAGAUCUGAUUUAUUUCAGCUGAACAUUAUCUCUACCUCUUCAAGAUCUGUACGCGAACACAUAGAAGAAGCUUUUGAUAAUUUCAAAGAUGUUUUAAAGGGAAUGGAAUAUAAAGUACGCACGUUUGAUGAAUGGCGAGCGGUUUAUAUAAAAGUAGGUAUGAACGAGAACGCUAAUUCGGAUCCUAGAUUACGCCUCGAUACUGAUGAAAGCUACAAAUUAUCUGUGAAACCAGACAAUACCUCGAGCAGCACACUUAUUGCAGAAAUAUUAGCUAAUUCAUUUUGCGGAGUUCGACACGCGCUGGAAACUCUAUCUCAGCUUAUUUGGCUGGAUGUGUACGCCGGCUCACUCAUCAUGUUAGAAGCCGCUUUAGUAGAAGACGCCCCUCGCUUUAAAUACCGAGGACUUAUGUUGGAUACAGCACGCAAUUACUUUCCUAUCACUGAUUUAAUUCGAACUAUAGACGCUAUGUCAGCGUGUAAGCUAAACACAUUCCACUGGCAUAUUACCGACUCGCAAGCAUUUCCGCUGUUAGUGUCUGGUAUUAACCAGUUAUCAUUUUACGGUACUUAUAGUUCCAGUGUUGUAUAUACUCCUGACGACGUCCGAGCUGUAGCUCAAUACGCCAGGGUUCGCGGAAUACGCGUCCUAUUAGAGGUGGAUGUUCCAGCACAUGUUGGCUCCGGUUGGUAUUGGGUCAAUAGCUCGGUAGAUAACAAUCUUGUUUUCUGCUUGGAUGCAACUCCGUGGUCUGCUUACUGUAAAUACCCACCUUGCGGACAAUUAAACCCUCGCAGCGCUGAUGUGUUCGAUAUUCUACAAAGCUUAUACUCAGAAAUAAUAAAACUGACGGGUGUUGAUGAUAUUUUUCACUUGGGUAAUGACGACGUGUCCCUUAGAUGCUGGGCAGACCAUUUUGAUACCAUUAAUCCUAUGAAGUUGUGGUUUGAAUUCAAUAUAAAUGCCUUGAAACGCUUGCAGUUGGCUAAUGUCCAGUUACCAAAUUUGAUAAUCUUAUGGUAUUCGCACUUGAGUGAAAGUUUAAGGGUGGGCUUAAAGGAAUUUGUUCCUAAAAUAGGUUUACAGACAAGAGAAUUCUCAGGGACUCAGAAAUAUGCUAAAGGUUUAAAAAUUAUAGUAUCUCAUGAAGACAUGUGGGAUUUGAAUGGCGGGCAUGGAAAUUGGUAUGACGAGUCUGGUGGCGCUUUAUAUAAUUCGUGGCAGAAAGUGUACGAGCAUAGACCUUGGGCACGGAAAAAUAUACAAAAUAUGUUAGGUGGUGAGGCCACUGUGUGGUCUCCAACAUUGGGCUCUGGAGGAUUGGAUGCUAGGGUGUGGCCCCGAGCGGCUGCACUGGCGGAGAGGCUGUGGUCGGACAGGCCGGAAGGUGCAACUCGGUCUGUACAAGCACGACUGGAUGUCCAACGCACGCGACUGAUUAAGCGAGGUGUUCAAGUAGCACCUUUAUGGUCGUUAUGGUGUACACAUAAUCCAUAUACGUGCUAAUAUCAAUAAUAUUUUUUUCAUAAUAUAUUAUCAAUGGUACUGAAUUAUUGCAGUUUAAUAAAUUUUCUGUAAUUCCUUUUUUUUUAAUUAUCUAGAUGUUUUGUUUUCUAAAAGCGAUUCUUAAUAAAUUAUAUUAUAUCGGAACAUA